UAGAAUUGGCCAAAAUCUGUGCAAGGCAAGUUGCACAAUUAAAAUCUGAACGCCGAGUGCUCGAUCGGUUUAGUUUUGUGCCGACAACAGCAGCAGCAGCAGCAGCAAGUGGUUCAUUCGAAUCUUUUGAGGCAAAUAUGGGUAAGACACCGGCAAUUGGCAUCGACUUGGGCACCACCUAUUCCUGUGUGGGUGUGUGGCAGAACAACAAAGUGGAAAUUAUAGCGAACGAUCAGGGCAAUCGCACAACUCCAUCAUAUGUUGGAUUCAAUGAAACGGAGCGUCUAAUUGGCGAUGCGGCAAAGAAUCAGGUGGCGAUGAAUGCCAAGAAUACGGUUUUUGAUGCGAAACGUUUAAUUGGACGCAAGUACGAUGACCCAAAGAUACAGGAGGAUUUAAAGCAUUGGCCAUUCAAGGUCAUUAACGAUGCUGGCAAACCGAAAAUUGAGGUCGAGUUCAAGGGGGAACGCAAACGAUUUGCUCCCGAAGAGGUCAGCUCCAUGGUGUUGACCAAGAUGCGUGAAAUCGCUGAGGUUUAUCUGGGUGGAAAGGUGAAGGAUGCCGUCAUCACAGUGCCAGCAUAUUUCAAUGACUCGCAGCGUCAGGCCACCAAAGAUGCUGGCUCCAUAGCCGGUCUAAAUGUGCUGCGUAUCAUCAAUGAGCCAACUGCCGCUGCCUUGGCCUAUGGUCUGGACAAGAAUCUGAAGGGGGAGCGCAAUGUAUUGAUCUUCGAUUUGGGUGGUGGCACCUUCGAUGUAUCCAUACUCACCAUUGAUGAGGGCUCGCUGUUCGAGGUCAAGGCCACCGCGGGCGAUACUCAUCUGGGCGGGGAGGAUUUUGACAAUCGUCUGGUGAACCACUUUGUGGAGGAGUUCAAGCGCAAGCAUAAGAGCAACAUAACGGGCAAUGUGCGUGCUCUGCGUCGCCUGCGCACAGCCUGUGAGCGUGCCAAGCGUACACUGUCCUCCAGCACAGAGGCGUCCCUGGAGAUUGAUGCUCUGCAUGAGGGCAUUGACUUUUACUCGAAGAUCUCGCGGGCACGCUUCGAGGAGCUGAAUAUGGAUCUGUUUCGCUCAACGCUUCAGCCUGUGGAGCGGGCAUUGAAUGAUGCCAAAAUGGAGAAGAAAGCCAUUCACGAUGUGGUUCUUGUCGGCGGCUCUACGCGUAUUCCGAAAAUACAGAAGCUGCUGCAGGACUUCUUUGGUGGCAAGCAACUCAAUCUGUCCAUAAAUCCCGAUGAGGCGGUGGCCUAUGGCGCCGCCGUCCAGGCAGCCAUCCUCACAGGCGUGGGCAGCUCUCAGAUUCAGGAUCUGCUGUUGGUCGACGUUGCCCCACUUUCGCUGGGCAUUGAAACGGCUGGCGGUGUUAUGACCAAACUGGUGGAGCGCAAUUCCCGCAUUCCGUGCAAGCAACAGCAAACUUUCACCACUUACAGUGACAAUCAGAAUGCGGUCACCAUUCAAGUGUAUGAGGGAGAACGAGCCAUGACCAAGGACAACAAUCUGCUCGGCACCUUUAAUCUGACUGGCAUUCCGCCAGCUCCACGUGGUGUGCCCAAGAUCGAUGUGACCUUUGACUUGAAUGCCGAUGGCAUUCUGAAUGUCAGCGCCAAGGAUAGCAGCACCGGCAAGUCGGAGAAGAUCACCAUCACCAAUGACAAGGGACGACUCUCCAAGGCCGAGAUCGAUCGCAUGCUUUCCGAGGCCGAGAAGUACAAGGAUGAGGACGAGCAUCAGCGCGAACGUGUGGUGGCCCGAAAUACUCUGGAGGGUUACAUCUACGGCUGCAAACAGGCCGUGGAUGAGGCAUCCGCCGGAGCACUUAACGACGCCGAUCGCAACAAAGUGCGCGAAAUGUGCGCCAAGGAGAGCGCCUGGUUGGAUAGCAAUACGCUGGCCGAGAAGGAUGAGUACGAGCAUCACAUGAAGGAGUGCCAGCGUGUCUGCGGACCCAUCAUGUCCAAGCUGCAUGGAGCUGGUCAGGGCCAAAAAGGCAAACAGGGCAGCAGCCACAGCGGUCCCACCGUCGAAGAGGUUGACUAAGAGACUAACCACCAACUCCAUGGACAUCAAUACAUUAAGCAUCUAACCCAUACAAUUCAAUAUGUAUUUAUUUCGAAAUUUCGAAUAAAUGCAAAUUAGCAAUUAACAAUU